CGGAAGUGGUUGCCGGUCGAUGCAGGGCAACACCCCGGCGUCCCUGGAAGCGGGGAGCCGGACACCCCGGCGUCCCUGGAAGUGGGGGCCGGGGUGGUGCUGGGUAGGCGGCGCCGAGCCAUCGUCCCGGGAACCCCGGGGUGGGGACAGGGUCUCUGGGAUCUAGAUAGUUCUGCCAGGCUGAAUCAUGGCUAGACGACCCAUCCUCUUAGGUGACCAGCUGGUCCUGGAGGAAGAUUCUGAUGAGACUUACAUCCCCAGUGAGCAAGAAAUCCUUGACUUUGCCAGAGUGAUUGGAAUUGACCCCAUCAAGGAACCAGAACUGAUGUGGCUGGCAAGGGAGGGUAUUGAGGCUCCAUUGCCCAAGGGCUGGAAACCAUGCCAGAACAUCACGGGUGAUCUUUACUAUUUCAACUUUGACACUGGGCAGUCCAUUUGGGACCAUCCAUGUGAUGAACAUUAUCGGAAGCUGGUGAUCCAAGAGCGGGAGAAGUGGUUGGCUCCAGGGGCCAUUAAGAAGAAAGACAAGAAAAAGAAAAAGGAAAAGAAAAACAAGAAGGACAAAGAGAUCUCCAAGAGUCCUCUGGUACAGAGCUCUGCUGAGGAGCAGUCAGAGAGUGAGGACUACUCUGAGGAUCAGAGGUUCUACCAGCACAUCCUGCAGAUGGUCAAGAUCUCCAGGCGGCCGGAGGGCCUAGAGCUGCCUGAGAACAUGCAGGAAAUGCCAUGCAAAGAUAUCGCCAGCAUGGCCUGCUGCAUGGCCGUUGAGUCUUCCAGGAUGUCUAGUGAGGGUGAACACAAGGCCAUCAGACCUCAGGAGAGGGACUCGGGGUUACUGGCUUGGGGGCCAGAGCUGCUGGAACAUUCUCCAGAAGUGGUCUCUGCCUCUGCCGGGCAGGAGGCCUCUCAGCCAGCGCAGUGCCAGCUAAGCAGUGGCCUCAGACAGGGGCUGGUCCAGCAGAGUUCCGACACCAGGCUUGCUGCAGAGCCGAGCAAGAUGCAGCUUCUCAACCAGGUCCUGGGUUCCCCCUUAGCCCCAGUCCAGGCCCCUCUUUGGAGCCUGGCUCCCUUACGAGGCCUUGGGGAUGCUCCACCCUCUGUUCUUCGUGGCACUCAGAGCCUGGGGAGCUCAGCAGAUUCUGUGCAGAUUGGGGAACCCAUGCUGCCUCCACAGGGACUCAAGACUGCUACUUGUGCAAAGGGUUUCUUGGGUUCUGCCCACGAGGGCAGGCGUGCUCUCAGCCUCUUGGCUUUAGGGGAAGAAACCAACGAGGAGGAUGAGGAGGAGAGUGACAACAAGAGUGUCCGAAGCUCCGGUGAACUUCUCAAGAACCUGCAUCUGGACCUUGGUGCCCUGGGAGGUCACUUUGAAUAUGAGGAGUCUCCAAGAUCCAGCCAGCCAGUUGACAAGAAAGAUGUUUCUCUCCACUCAGAUGUCGAUCGGCCCCCGACUCCUGGCAAGCUAUUCAGCCAGGGUGGCGACAGUAGUCUGGCUGGUGCUGGUGGCAGUGGAUCCCAGGGAAAGGGGGCAAGUCCCUGGGACCCACAGAAAGAAAAUGAGAACAACAAUCCCAAGGAUUCCAUGAGUGAAGUGGCUCCUGUGUUGGACCCUGGGGAGGAUCAUUCUGCUAAGGCCUCUAAAAAGGAGGAGGCAGAGGAUGCAGUGGAGGCCGGAGAGGAGGGUUCCGAAAGGAGGGAGAGUGUAGCCAAGGAGCCCAAGGAAGCUUCUGCCCUGGAGGAGAGCACAUCGGACGCCAGUGAGGAGUCAGAGAUCAUUGAACACUUGAAGGAGCCACAGUUCUCAGAAUCUGAAGCUUCUGUCCCCAAGACUUUCCUUGACCUGGACUUUGGAUUUCGCAGCCGGAUCUCAGAGCACUUGCUGGAUGGUGACAUGUUUUCUCCAGUCUUGGGUGGAGCCCACUGGGAGGCCCAGGGGUUAGGCCAGGAAGAGAGAGAUGACAGCCAGUCCAGCAGAGCUGAGCCACAGAGCAAGCAUUCCCAAGUCUCUGAGAGGGAGCAGCUCCAGGAUACCCUUCACAGCCAGGCCACUGAGGAAGGGCCUCUGCAGCCCCUGGCAGGGCAGCCCGAGUGGAAGGAUGCAGAGGAGGAGCCUGGGAAGGACUCUGUAGCCAGCCCCACCCCACUGCCCCCUCUCCAGAGGGAGCAGGUCCUGAGCCCACCUGCUUUCCCUGAGAGGGCUGAGGAAAAGCACUCCCAGGCCGAAGAGCUGGGCCUUGGGCAGCAAGAGGCUGAGGAGCCUGAGGAGAAGGUGGCAGUCAGUCCCACCUCACCUGUCUCUCCAGAGGUGCAAACCACAGAGGCUACAGCUCCCCAAAAGCAGUUCUCAGAGUCUAUACUGAAGGCCAUGGAAGAGACAGUGAACCAGGAACUGGAGGAAGACCAGAGGCGGCUUCUGGAGUUGCAGAAAGAGAGGCAGAAGCAGCUGGAAGAGAGGCUGUGGCGAGAGGAGGAGGAGGAGGUGCAACGGCUUUACCAGCAGAAGGAGAAAUCCCUCAGCCUCCUGAAGGCACAGCUGCAGAAAGCUGCUGAGGAGGAGGAGGAAGAAGAGGAGGCUCGGAUAAGAGAGGAAGAAAGCCAACGGCUGGCCCGCCUCCGGGCCCAGGUGCAGGCUAGUACUGAAGCAUUUGAGAACCAAAUUAGAGCCGAGCAAGAGGCUGCCCUGCAGAGGCUUCGAGAAGAAGCAGAGACCCUCCAGAAGGCCGAAAGAGCCAGUUUGGAACAGAAAAGCCAGAGGGUGCUGGAGCAGCUAAGGGAGCAGCUGGAGGCUGAGGAGAGGAGUGCCCAGGCCACCUUGCGGGCAGAGAAGGAGGCCGAGAAGGAGGUGUCUUUGCAGCAGCUGAGGGAGCAGCUGGAAGGGGAGAGGAGAGAGGCAGUGGCAGGCCUAGAGAAGGAACACAGUGCUGAGCUGCAGCAGCUCUGUUCCUCACUGGAAGCCAAGCACCGGGAGGUGGUCUCCAGCCUCCAGAAGAAGAUAGAGGGAGCUCAGCAGAAAGAGGAGGCCCAGUUACAGGAGAGCCUUGGGUGGGCAGAGCAGAGAGCUCAUCAGAAGGUUCAUCAGGUGAUUGAGUAUGAGCAAGAGCUCAGCAGCCUUUUUCGAGACAAGCGCCAGGAGGUAGAGAGAGAACAUGAGAGGAAGAUGGACAAGAUGAAGGAGGAGCACCGGCAAGUGAUGGCUGAAGCCAGAGAACAAUAUGAAGCUGAGGAAAGAAAGCAGCGGGCUGACCUCCUGGGGCACUUGACUGGAGAGCUGGAGCGCCUGCGAAGGGCCCAUGAACGAGAGUUAGAGAACACGAGGCAGGAGCAGGACCAGCAGCUUGAGGACCUAAGGCGUCGGCACCGGGAUCAAGAAAGGAAAUUACAAGAUUUAGAGGUGGAACUUACAACCAGAACCAAAGAUGUCAAGGCGAGACUGGCUCAGCUGAAUGUCCAGGAGGAGAACAUGCGGAAAGAGAAGCAACUGCUCCUGGAUGUGCAGAGGCAGGCUGCGCUGGAAAAAGAGGAAGCCACUGCCACCCAUCAGCAUCUGGAAGAAGCAAAGAAAGAGCACACUCACCUGAUGGAGUCAAAGCGGCAGCUGCGGAGGGUCAUCGAUGACCUGCGUGUCCGGCGGGUGGAACUGGAGUCCCAGGUGGAUCUGCUGCAGGCACAAAGUCAGAGGCUGCAGAAGCACGUGAGUAGCCUAGAAGCUGAAGUACAAAGGAAGCAAGACAUGUUGAAAGAGCUGGCCGCUGAGAAUAAUGCAUCCCCACAUUUGGAGCCAGAUCUCCACAUUGAGGACCUGAGGAAAUCCCUUGGCACAAAUGAGACCCAAGAGGUGUCCUCUUCUCUCUCCCAGAGCAAGCAGGAGAUGGACCUGUCCAUGGACAGUGUCCGGCACUUCCUCUCUGCUGAGGGUGUAGCUGUCCAGAGUGCGAAGGAGUUCCUGGUGCGCCAGACACGUUCCAUGCGGAGGCGACAGACAGCACUGAAAGCUGCCCAGCAGCAUUGGCGCCAUGAGCUGGCUAGUGCCCAGGAGGUGGAUGAAGACCUCCCAGGCACCAAGAUCCUCGAAAACGUGCGCAAGAACUUGGAUGAGGAGACCAGGCACCUGGAUGAGAUGAAGUCAGCCAUGCGGAAAGGCCAUGACCUGCUGAAGAAGAAAGAAGAGAAGCUGAACCAACUGGAAUCUUCUCUACAGGAAGAGGUCUCUGAUGAGGACACUCUGAAAGGAUCCUCCAUCAAGAAGGUGACCUUUGAUCUCAGUGACAUGGAAGACUUGAGCAGCGAGAGUUCUGAGUCCUGCCCCCUGCCUCAUAUCACCCCGACCCCAAGUUCUGCUGAUACCAACAAGAUCCAUUACCUGAGCAGUUCCCUUCAUCGCAUCAGCAGUGAGCUAAACGGUGUGCUGAACGUUCUGGGCAGCCUCAACUCCCAGCUACCACCGCAGGUCCUCAGCAGCCAGCCACCGCCUCCACUCCUCACCUCCUCACUUCGGUCCUCCAAGAACGUCCCAUCCCCUGCCUACUCCCUCCUGACCAAGCCCUCAGCCUCACCGUCUGUCACACCCACGUCCACUCAGUGGGCCUGGGACCCAGGACAGGGCACCAAGGUCUCUUCCUCCUCCCAAACUGUGGAUGAUUUUCUGCUGGAGAAGUGGCACAAGUACUUUCCUUGUAGGUCCCCACUCCCAUGGACACCUGGUUUCUGGGUGGAGCCUUCCUAUCUCUGUCUUUUGCUCUAUGUCCUCUCUUAUAACCACCCUUUCCUUUUCCUUUGCCUACCCCUUAGUUCCCUCUCCGUCUUUGGUCCAUUGAUUCUGUCAGUGGGGCCCUGGUGAAGGAAGACCCUGCUG